GUUGGGCUCACGGCCGUGUCACAAAAGAAAUGGCGAGCGGUAUCGGCAAACACAAGAUACUGAAUGUGGGGCCAACGGAGCCCUGGUCAGUCAGGGAGAAACUGUGCCUGGCCUCCUCUGUUAUGAGGAGUGGCGACCAAAACUGGGUGUCAGUAAGUCGAGCCAUCAAGCCUUUUUCAGAACCGGGUCGUCCACCCGACUGGUUCUCACAGAAGCACUGUGCCUCACAAUACUCUGAGCUGCUGGAAGCCACUGAAGCACCUAAGCGUAAGCGUGGCGAGAAGGGCGAGGUUGUCGAGACUAUAGAAGAUGUCAUUGUACGCAGGCUGACCACUGAGAGGAUAGAGGAGCUGAAAAAACUACUGCGAGACACGCAAGAGCAGUACAGGAAGUUGAAGAAGGAGGUGGACCUGAUACAGACGGGACACAUGGACUCCCAGCUGAAGGACCUGUGGGCAGAGAUCACACUAAAGAAGAAGCAGGAUGAGGAGGAAGCAGAGCAGAAGAGGAAAGCCACAGAAACUGCAUAUCAGGCUCGUCAGGCAGUAAAAAACACACCUAAGCGCGUGCCCAGCGUAACUGUACGGUCUCCUCUGGGUGCCAGCCCCCCCACCAUGGAUUCUCAGACUGACUCUUCGGUCGCCACACCGCCCAUGGAUACAGGAAGUGUCACCUCCGAUGACACCAGCAUCCACCCUGUUGCCCAGGGGGUCGGAGUGUUUCUACCAGCAACAGAGGCUCCAGGACCUAAAGACGGAGGCCUGGCCGCACUAGUAGAGGACUCACCACAGAAGAGGCUCCUGGCCCAGAAGUCCACACCACCACCUUCUCCUCUCCUGUCAGAACUGCUGAAAAAAGGCAACCUCAUCUCAGCUAGCCCCCGCCUGGUUGCCGAUGGAGACUCUACUGGAAGCCUUACCAACGGAGUACAGACAGCGACCGCUGCCACUCCCCUACCAACUGGUCAUGAGGUCAUCACAGAGGGGGAAGCUGUAGUUAAGACAGAGCUCAGUGAGGAGACGGGGUUAGUAGAAGAGGACCUGGUAGCUGUGUCUUACAUGGGAGACGAACUGGACCUGGAGACAGUGGGAGACAUCAUUGCCAUCAUAGAGGAGAAGGUGGAUGACUCUGUGGAGGCUUUGGACGCGGCGGCAGUGGAAGCAGCUCUCUCUCUGUGCGAAGAGGCCGUCUCAGAAGGACACACCCUCCCAGGCCCCUGGGAGACCCAGGAGCUGAAGGCUUCAGACCCUACCCCCCCAGUCCAAGACUCUGACCCCACACAGGAGUCUCAGGAUGUGGCUGUGAUGGCCGCCCCGACCUCUGCUGGUCUGGACACCCAGAAUCAAGCAGACACAAAAAGGGAACAGCAGUUGAAGGGAAACUGUGAGGGACCUGAGGUGACAGGAAGUGAUGUCACUUCUUCUGUCACCUCUGACGACGGCGCGACAGGAUGUGAAGUCACAGAAGAGGGGAAGGUGGCCACUGAAGCAACGGUGAAGAGCGAGGUAGAGGAGUGGAGUCAACCUGAGCCCAACCCGCCUUGCCUAGAUUCUGAGGACAGCUCUGUGUCUGGGAAAGAGUCCAAGGAGGUGAAGGAGGAGGAGGCUGGGAGCGAGGGGGACCCCGAAGAAGGGAUGGAACUGAAAGAGGAUUGCGGCGAGGGGGAGGGUCCCUAUUUGUCAGAGGUGGAAAGGGCAGCCAGCGAAAGUGAAGACGGCUACGGACCGGCCUCCCAACGCUACACAGCAGAUUCACUGGCCAGCAGCCCUGCCUCCUCUUCACAGCUGUCUACAUGUGGUGAGGACCAGGAGGCCGUGCAGGCUCAGAAGAUCUGGAAGAAAGCCAUUAUGCUGGUGUGGAGGGCCGCGGCCAACCACAGGUAUGCCAGCGUCUUCUUACAGCCCGUGUCAGACGACAUCGCCCCCGGUUACCACAGCAUCGUACACAGACCCAUGGACCUGUCAGCCAUUAAGAAGAACAUCGAGUCUGGCGUGAUCCGUACGACCGCCGAGUUCCAGCGCGACAUCAUGCUGAUGUUUCAGAACGCCGUCAUGUACAACUCGUCGGACCACGACGUGUAUCACAUGGCGCUGGAGAUGCAGCGCGACGUCCUGGAGCACGUGCAGCAGUUCCUGGCCACACAGCUCAUCAUGCAGACCUCAGAGAGCGCCAUCUCCGCCAAGAGCCUCCGAGGCAGGGAGGGAAACCGUAAGCCGGGCGAGCCGGCUGAGAAGGAUGGAGGCACCAGGGGUCGCCGUAGCGCCAUGGAGGCCGACCUCAAAAUGAAGAAAUAGACUCGAGAUUUGUGAGAAGAAGACGCUGAAAGAGACAAAAAAAGCUAGAGACAAAGAGCCGCUCUUGGAGUCAGAGGAGCUCGGAGCUGAAUACUUACUGGUCACUUUGGUUGUUUUCUGUGGAGGACUGUGGAGGACUGUGCCGUCUCUGUGUGCCCGGUGUGUGAGCGGACACACUAAUGCGUCCGUGCUCUGGCGAAGAGGAGGGGAUGUGCAGAUGUGUGUGUGUGUGUGUGUGUGUGUAAAUGUGUCUGAGAGAGCUGCAUUGAGUUUCCUCUUCUCCACUUCCUAUGAUUGGUUAACAUGCAGCGCUGUGAGCUAAACGAGCCAGCGCUGCCCUUUCCCCCCCGAGUAUCAUGUCACCAGUGAAGGUAGUUCACUGAGAAGAAGGAGGAUAUUUUCACCAGCAAAUGUUUGUUUAUGAUCAGGUGAUGCAGGGCAGGAUGAGUUCUUCUUGUCAGAUUUGAUCAUGUUGAAUCUUGCAUUUAAUUCCACAACUGCAUGUUGGGCUAACACCACACAGAUUAGUUUGAUCAUUCUUCAAAUGUGAUUCUGACAUCAACUAAAAACAUAUCAAACAUCUAAACAUCUGGAUUUGACAUGCGUUGGCCAACACACAAAGGAGCACCAGUGAAUUUGCCUGUUUUAGCCGGUUAACUGCAUAUCAUUUAGCCUUUUUCCCAAAGAACAAGAUUAGAUUGACAACCUGUGUUCAUGCAGCACCAAGCUCACUUAAAUUCAGGAUUAAAUUAAACAUAAAAAUCAGCUUCAUUCAUUCAGUGACAUGAAACCUCCUCGGCAUGUGUGAUCCAUCACAGUCAGCAGGUUAGUUUAAAUUGACAUUAAUAGUAUUGGGACCCGGUUGAAAGCAGGAAGCUUUUUUAAAUGUCUCUUUGGCGAUGCGUUCAGGUACAACCCAGAAUCUGAAAAAAAGACAGACAAACUAGCUGUUGUACAUGUGGUGAAAUGCAUUUUUUUCCUUUUUGAUAAUGCAUAAUUAUUCAAUACAAUUUCUCGUCAAUUGACAGGAAUUUUUUGGGGGGUGGGGUGGGGGUUAUGCUUUUUAUUGUAUGAACAGUGGAGAGAUGACAGGAAUUGAAGGGGGAGAGUGACAGAGCCAGAUUUGAAUUGCAUAUGUAGGUUUUAUGGUAUGUGUCUUAACCAGUAGGCUGGAGGCGCACCAUCUACAUUUACUUUGAUAACCAAUCAAUCGUUUGUCAUUUACUGGUUCUCAAAUGUGAGUAUUUGUUGUUUUUCACCGUUUUAUAUGCUUGUAAAUUGAGUAUAUUUGGGUUUUAAACUGUUGUUGGGACAAAACAAGCAUUUGAAUACUUGACCUUUGGCUAAAGGGAAUUCUUUUUUCACUGUUUUCUGACAUUUUAUAGACUGAUUAGUACGUUAAUCAGAAAAGUAAUCAACAGAUUCAUCAUCUCACAUCGGUGUUUCGUUGCUGUUAAGCAGCAGAUUGUCGAAUGUCACGUUGGAGUCCUUUAAAAGCACCAACAGAGAGUUUCCAAACAGAACAGUCCCUGCUCGGAGCUGCACUACCAUGUGAUGAUAACGUAACUUCAUGAAAUCAAUCGAAAAAAGGAAACUUAUUGUGCUUUGUGAGACGGCUGGCGUUGAGUGAAAACAUCAUAUUCAUAUAAACAUCAGUUUGCUGUUCCUGAAAGAGUAUUAAUGCAUUUCUAUGUGUCACUUAAGACAGUGGUUUCCAAACCUGUUUCACCUGUGGCCCCUUAACAUAAAGCAAGGCCUACCAGGGACCCCUCAUUAUGCUUUGUCACUUAAGUUACUGAUUAUUGUCUUGAUUCAUCAGUUCAUCAUUUUGUCCAGAAAAUGUCAGAAAAUAGUGAAAAAUAUCCUUUAAAGUUCUCCAAAGUCCAAAUGUACAUCUCUAAAUGUGAUUUUGUGACUAACAGUCCAAAACACAAAGAUAUUCAGUUUAUCAUCAUGUUUGACGAAAAGCAAUAAAUCAUCACAUUUGAGAAGCUGAAACCAACCUUUUUGUUUGUAAAUGACUGAAGCAAUUAUUUAAUUAUCAAAACAGUUCAUUAAUCUUCAGUUGAUUGACUACUGAUUAUUUAACUAAGCUUGCAGUUCUAGAAAGAGGACUUGUUUAACUUUUAGAAGCUGAAGUCGAUCAAAAUACUGAAACCCACAAGAAAUAAAGAGAAAAAUUAGAGGAACCUUUUUUUAAAUCUCAAUUUUGUGCCCAAAAUGCUUUUUUUCCCUCUCUCUAUCCUAUCCUAUCAUCUUGCUACCCUUUUGAUCAAUCCAGCGAAUCAUUGUGGGGGUCCCGACACCCAGGUUGGGAACCACUGACUUAGGCUGUAGCCGGAGUGUGCUUUGUUAACAGCUUCAGAAACGUGUCUGUGUAAUGUGUGUUAGAUGGGAGGACAAAAAACAGUUUUGUACCUGUGUGAUGGACCAUGUAGAGUUUUGUGUUUGGGUAGCUGAUACAUGUAUCAUGUGUUCUGUUGUACAUUUGUUAAAUAAAAAAGAUUAUUUGAUCUAAACUCAA